GCAGCCAUUUUGUGGUGUCGUUGCCUUCUUGAUUGUUCUGCAUCAAAUUUUGUCUAUUUUACAUGGAAGUAUUACUUUUUGUUGUGGGUUGAUAACCAAUCACAACAUUAUACAAUAAUUCGGUCAAUUAGUUUUCAAUUGUUUUAACCUAUUUAUAAUGGAGCAAGAUGUGGAUAAUGAUUACAAAACUGUGUGUAGUGCGUGUCUUAGUAGUGAUAGGGAUUUGUAUUCGCUUAAUAACUUCCAGCAAGUUCAUCAAAUAUUUCGAUUGAUAAUGUAUGAUUUCGCGGGCGACCGGCUCGGGGACAACCUGGUUGACAUAGACCAUCUAAUCUGCUGGGAGUGCCUAGCGGUCAUGAAGAGGAUGGCUCGCUUCAAAAGGCAAGUCCACAACGCCCAGGAGCAUCUGAGGGUGCUUGCCAUGAGCCGAUCACAAGAGAGUAUGGACCACACAUACAUGUCUCAGUCGCUCUCCUCUCUGGAGAUGACAACGAAAGUGGAGUACGAUAAGAUAUAUGUAGACUACUUCACACAAGAGGAGUGGCCGGACCAGUUCAGUCUGUCUAUAACCACUGCGGAGGAGGUGAAGAGGGAACAUUACGACGUCGCUCAGGUCGUCAGGGACAAUAUUCACUUGGAUAUAGACGAUCAUAUGCUUGAAGUUCCGGAGAUAGUGCUGGAGAAUCCGGUGACCGGCGUGAUGUCCCACAUCGUGGUGGAGACUGACGCGCUGGUGUCGCGCAGCUCCUGCGUCCAGUCUGCUGACAACCUGCUCACUGCUCAACCGCUGUCCACCCCGGAGAUAGGCACGAUGAUAACCGUGCUGCCAAAGCUGACGUCUACUGUCAAACAGGAGACAGUAAUUAAGGGGGGGUACACCACAGAGUACCUCACUCAGGAGGAAAUGUUAGCUGACAGAGAGGAGUCCAGACAAAAGGUGACGUACGCGAGCUCUGUGUACAAAUGUGAGUUGUGCGUGAUCGGCUUUUACACUCAACAGCAAGUUAAAGACCACUUCAUGGCUGCCCACAGAGCGAAGCCGGGCAAGUCCGCGUGCAAGAUAUGCUACGUAUACGUGGAGGACACAGAACUAUCAAGCCACGUGCAGUCGCACUACACGCGGCACGCGUGCUGCGCGUGCGGACAGCGCGAGCGCAGCGCCAGGCUCAUGCAGCUGCACGUCGCCGCUCAUCACCAGGCGAGGGCUGGCGUGCUGCAGGGGAAGAGCCGCAAGAAGCGUCCGGAGAAGCCCCGGCCCCCGCCGAAGCCCGGGGACCUCCGCAAGCUGCUGUCCAGGACCACCAUCGAAGGCUACCAGUGUCUCGAGUGCGAUAUGUUUUUCAAGAAUUCCCGAGCGCGUAAGAACCACGUGGCACGCUUCCACAGAGAGGGGCUGCAGUGCGACCACUGCAAGAAGCGAUUCGUUAAUCGAACCACCCUGGCCACCCAUCUCAGACUCCACGAGGGCCCGCUGCCGCGCGAGGAGUGCCCGAUCUGCCACAAGCUGGUGCGCUCCAUACAGAUCAAGUAUCACAUCCAGCGGCACCAGAACAAGUCGCGUUACGAAUGCGCAGAUUGCUCAAAAGUGUUCUCGCAUCUCGCCACGUAUCAGGCUCAUCUAAAAUACAGCAGAGCCCAUGCAAGCGACCAGGUGUUCAAAUUCCCGUGUCCGAUGUGCAACAAAGGCUAUCCGACUAAAGAAGCGAUGCAGGAUCACUUCAACUACCAACAUCUCGGCAAGACGUCGCACAAGUGUCCCGUCUGCGAUAAGCCCAUCGCGUCCCGAGCUAACGUGGAGAAACACAUAAUGCGAGUACACGGCGAGAAGAAGGACAAACCGAGGAACCACGUGUGCAACGUCUGCGGGAAGACUUUCACGGACAAAAAGGCGCUGACCCAACACGAAGUGAUCCACUCGGGCGAGCGCCCCCUGGUGUGCGACAUCUGCAACCAGACGUUCAAGCAGAAAGCGUCCUUAUAUACUCACAGGAAGAGGGUGCAUAAGGUGUUCCCGGCCAAGCGGGUCGUGGAGUUUAUGGAGAGUAAGGAGCCCAGUUAGGGGAUUUAAUGAAUUAAUAUUUAUUCAAAACACGAACACAAUUACAAACUCACAAUAUAUUAUAAUAUGGAAUACAGUGUUAGUUAACAAAUAAAUUUGCUCGAAUUUUGAAAAUACAUUUGUAAUGGUGGAUUUUAUGGUUAAAACAUAUUUUAAUGGUUGAAUAGUGGAUAUGAAAAAAGCUACGUAGGGGGUGUUGUAUAAAAAAAUAUGUUGGGACAUGUUUGGGGGAUUUUGUGAAGAUUGAAAAACCGAUUAUGAUAAUUUUAUUAUCGCGUCGCGCUUAAAUCUUGUACAUUGUUUAACAUUACUUAUUCUAUAUAGAUAAACAUCCAAGAUGAUCUGAAAAAAAAUAUUUUCCAUUUUUAUCUGACCAGGAAUCGAACCCGGGACCUCCAGUGUAGCAGUACUGGCUACAGAGGUCGACAAUAAUCUAUUGAAAGUUUUUCAAAAAUUGUAUACCGAAUAGUGUCUUCGAUUGUAAAUAAUCAUACUAAUAUAUAUAACUCUCUUUUUCUUUAAAGUUAUAUGACUAUGAAUAUUUGUGUAGAUAUGGCCAAAUAAAUUGUACACACAAAAAGUAUUAUUCGUAUAUUGAAUGAUCGAUUGGUUAAUUUAGAUAUAUUUUAUUUACGAAUAAAUAUAAUUUUAACAAUA